CAACAACGAUAUUACAGGAUUUUUCAAUUCCACUUGUAGAAAACAUUGAAUUUCCCGCAGAUUUUUAGUCACAAUUUAAAGAUGCUUCUCAAAGUUGGAUUUAUUAUAUGCCUGUGUAUAUCAGGUACAUCGUUGGAGAGAGGCAACAAGAAAACAAUCAGAGAACAAGAGGCUAACUUAGAAACAAACACAAAACAAUAUGAUUUGGAAGACAAUUUGGGAUUCAAUGAGAAGAGAAACAUGACUUGGUUUGGGCAUGAAAAUUAUGAACAAGAAAGGAUAAAAGAAACAUGGAAUGAUGAAUCUAAUACUGGAGAAUUUGCAAAUGUAGAAACAUAUGUAAUGGGAGAUGAUGUUAAAGUACAACUGAAAAACAACUGUGAUUUUUGUAAUUGUAUUAACUGGAUUUUGAACAGUAUCUCCUGUGAUUGCCGUCAGUAUAUGUUAAAUAAGACAUGUACAAAUUUAAGUGAACUUGUUUCCUGCAUCCCAUAUAUCACCUUUUCUCUUGAUAUUUCUGGAUUUAAUUUUGGCACCAUACAAAAUGGAUCAUUUAGCAACUUGCCAGAAUUGACAGAUUUGUCGCUUACUGAUUGUAAUAUUACAAGAUUGGAGCCAGAUGCUUUCAAAGGUAUUAAGAACUUGGAGAGGUUAAGGAUUGUCGACAUUGGAAAAAAUAAAGAAGGUAUAUCAAACCUAAAUUAUCAUUUGCUUCGCAAUUGUGACACAAUUCAAACAUUAACUCUUGGAAAAGUAAGAAACAUUGAAAAUGAUACAUUCUCAGCUGUUGCAUCCCUUAAAAAACUUAUUUUACAACACAAAGGCAUAUUGGAGCAUUACAAGCCAUUCCAGGCAUUACAUAAUUUGCGAUUCCUUGUUCUCAGUCAGAUAGGAUUAAGGAGAAUCCCAGAUGUCAUUUUAUCAUAUCUUGUACGUUUGGAAAAACUUCAUUUAGAAAACAAUGAAAUAACUAGUCUCAGUUUCAAGGGGAACCUUGGUCCACGUAAGAAAUUUUGUCUUUUAAUACAGAGCAACAAUAUUAAAUCAAUCACAAAAGCUGAUAUGAGUCAGUUUAUAAAUGUUGCUAGUUUUGAACUAAACCUUGCCGAUAAUGCUAUUGAGGAUACGGAACCAAACUUUCUAGUUGAUAUUAAACAAAUAAAAACAUUGUCUUUUGAGGGAAAUCCGAAGUUUGGUAAAACCAAUUUGAUGCACUUACUGAUAGGCCUAAAGGGAAAGUCUAUAUUCAAACUGGAAAUGACAGGGUGUGGCAUUGUAAUUGAUAAAUUCAAUUCAUCUAUUCUCAAGCCCCUUGAAAAUUCAAAUCUCCAA